AUGGGACAGUCUUCUUCGACGCAAAGAAACCACCGUCACGAUAAUCACCUAGAACACAUCUUAUCUCGUCAGGCAGCCCGUGGUCGGGUUAAUAGUAAUGCGGACAUGAACAACGGGCACGGCAUUGAGCAGACUGGGGACUAUGAGCCCCAGUCCGGACCCGAAUUAUACGACAAUGGUAUCCAGACCUCCCCUUCCGGUCAGCAAAGCCGGUCUGCGGAGUCCUGGCACCCGAUGAAUUCCGAAGAACACCAUGGAGCCUCGAGACACAUGGCAAGCAUCCAGGAGGAGAAUGGGUCACAAUAUGAAUCGAGUCAGCGAGAAUACCGGUCGGCAAUCUUCGCUCGCAUGGCUGCCAGAAGACAGUCCACUAUGUCGCGGUUAGGGUCAAGGAUCUUGCCAAAUUCGGUUAUCCGUGGGCUUCUCAGCAGCGAAGAAGAAACGCCUGCCGAGGGCCACGCUCAUCGCCAUGGAGUCGUUUCGCGAACCCUUCCACGCUCCGAAGUUUCUCACAGUAGCAGUCGCUUCAGCCCCUUUAGCUCGUUUGGCUCAAGAGGUAUCACCCGACGACGUUCGAUUCGGGGACCUUAUUUCAUUCCGCGCAGCGACCCGGGCCUGAUUCCGGACACCACUCAUUCUUCUACCUUCUUCGAUCCCACCGCCGACCAUACGCCGGAAAAUACGAGAGGAUCUUGGCGUCGAAGUGCUCGAUUGCAUCGUAUGCGACACUCCUUGUCAAGCCCUAUCACGCACAUGUUCGGUCAAUCGUCCUCGAAUAUGGCCGAUCCUAUCACGGGCAAUGGGCAACAACAUCCUAUGGGCUCAAUAUCCAACGAGCCACCACACACGUUCCUUCCGCAUCCAGGACCCAUGGACUCUCGUAUGGACUUCGACGAGCCCCACGAACUGGACUCCGUUGAGCCUGCUGUAGGAAGCACUCGUCCAACGUCCCCGAUGUCGUCGCAGUCUACACAGGGAUCAACAGGCUUACGGCAACUCCCAGGUCUAUUGCGAGCCAGAUCAUCUAGGGCUAUGCGACGGGAGGAGCAGACACCCCUAUCACGCGUCCUUCAGCUAGCCGCUGCUGCCAUCGCCGCCCAGCUUUCCGGCACUACCGGUCCAGUAAUGCCUAAUAUCCAAGCGCUUGGAAAUGACGGUUUGGACGGCUCCCUGGAAAACUUCAUCCAAAGUCUGCAGCACGCGACGUCAACACAGACAGCGCCAGAUGAUACACCAGGACCCUCUGCUGCGGAAACGGGAAAUGGCCCACCGACACCUGUCAAUUUCUUGCGAGUAUUUAGAUUUGCCAACUCGGAGAACGCUGGUUCACUUGGCAUGUCGAACCGCUCUGCGGGUGAGUCCGAUAACCUUGGCACAGGUGCGGAUGGGAUGGAUUUAGAGAAUCCCAUGGACGGACCCGAGGGACGGACUGUCACCCUGGUCGUCGUGGGAGUUCGAUCGGUACCAUCGGGCAACGGUCCUAGAAGUGACCAACAGGCCAACGGGGGUCCCGGCUUAGAUGCCUUACUCCGUUUGCCUUUCUUGUCUCCAGGAAGCCUCGGCCGUGGCCCGGAAAAUAGCACUACUCUUUCACCACGCGCCGAAGGACGACCAAGAUUUCCCGUAACCAAUCGCAAUUCAAUGGGGAGUCCUAGUACCCUGAACACUAAUGGUGACACCCCACAAUUGCAGGGCCAUCAAAGCCCGUCGCGACGACUUUCUGAGACUGGAGGCCGGGUGCCUCUGUCCUCUGUCCCUUCUGUGCCCUCGGAAAGCCCUCCUGGACCUCAUCCUCCUCCGUCCACACCCGCCGAGCCAGGACUCUCGGCGGUUUCAUCAGGGGCUUCAACCCCUAGCCGCAGGCCAUCCGCUGCGUCGAUGAUGCCCCCAAGUGCUCUGCCGCAACCCGACGAGAACCGGACUAUGCAGCCUGCGGUUGAAGUUGACGAGCAUCCACUUUUUACCGCUUCGCACCAGCGACGUCGAAGUGAUUCAGAGUAUGCUCGGCAUCGUGAUCUGGGUUCCGGUGCGGUUCGGCGCAAUGGCGUUGUCGAACCCGACCAUGCGCCACCACCUGCCGGCAGAAGUUGGUUAAUCUACGUCGUUGGCACCAAUCUCUCCGAGAACCACCCUGCCUUUGCAACCCCAAGUCUGUUCACCGACAACCCGACUUACGAGGAUAUGAUUUUGCUUUCUUCUCUCCUGGGUCCUGUGAAACCACCCGUUGCCACCCAGGAAGAACUCAGCUCCGCUGGCGGUCUGUUCCGUCUCGUGGAAUACGGCGGAUCGCUCACUGCGGAGGGUCUGGAUGAUGCUGGCACCAUUCAUAUCCCCGACGGGGACCGCUGUCUGAUCUGUCUCAGCGACUACGAGGCAGCUGAGGAACUUCGCCAACUGAACAAAUGCAAGCAUGUCUUCCACCGAGAUUGCAUAGAUCAGUGGUUAACAACCGGUCGCAACUCUUGCCCCCUGUGUCGAGGCCAGGGCGUUGUCGAUUCAUCCAACUCGGAUGCCGCGACGACUGCACCGAGCCCUGCUGCAGCAUGA